CAACUUUACAGUAGCGAUAAGAUAUACCAAUUCAGGGGUACUUCUUGCUGGUGAGAUAUCAGCAAGGCAAAGGGCGAUCUGCAAUCUAUCGGGCAACCUCUAGCUAUCAUGAUACUAUUCCUAACUUUCCGAUAUCUACCUAUCUUCUAAUUGUUAACUGGGCGCAUAUGUCAUGGGGUUUUGCUCUCUCUGAAGUCUUCUCAAUUCCAUCGUUGGUUCAAUGCGCAUCCUGAAUAAUUUUGGCGACCAUGGCGACAGUAAUCAGACGUGUUAAAGAAGCCGCAGCUCUCAGAGGCAAUGAAGAAAAACACGAACAAACAGAUGCAUGGAGCAACCGAGAUCUCAUACCACUUCCUCCCAUACGUCGAACGUGGGGAGCGUUCCACUACUUUGGCUUUUGGACGUUAUCCUCGUUAAACAUUGCAACAUGGCAAACUCCAAAUACAUUCCUUAGUAGGACUUCUCCCCGACAGAGGCCAUUUGGUGCCUUCGGACUGACUGGAAAUCACAGCUCAAGGACUCUCGGUCGGCCAAUCGAUGCUCGUGAUCAUAAUCGCUAGACUUGUGAUUACCAUUUUCUCUACUUUUGUUGCUUGUUGUGGGUUGACCUGGCAUAUCGGUCUUACAAUUCAAAACCGUUAUACUUGGGGCUUGAGAGCAAGCUACAUUCCCCUUCUUCAGAGAAUCCUUUUGAAUUUCAUUUGGAAUGCAGUACAAUGUUGGUCUUUCUUCCAGUAUUCGACCAGCAAUUGCUAACAAUUUGCAGGUUGGAACGGAGGAAAACUUGCAACGUUCGAGACUCAUAUCUUCCAAACGUAAGACGAAACACUGACUGAUUUGAUAGAGUCUGUAUCACGGCAAUUUGGCCCUCGUUCGCAAAAAUUCCUAAUACGCUGAGUGCAAUCACACCGACCACAACCUACGAAAUGGUUGGCUUCAUCAUAUGCUGGGUUAUCUCUAUCCCAUUCCUGUUCAUCAGACCAGAGCACUUCAAACGUCCCUUUCGAUUCAUAUCAAUUUACUGUGGUCUAGGAAUGCUGUGCAUGAGUAAAUCCCCUAUACUGUCCUCCUUCCAACCAGCUAACCACCUUAAAAGUGAUAUGGUCGCUCUCCGUGGCAAAGGGGGUUGGCCCCAUUUUUUCGAAAGGAACCAGCAUUCCCAGCACGUCAAAGUGGAAUUCGUCCUGGAUAAUAAUGGCAGCCAUAAAUCAAGGUAUCGGGCAAAAUGCUGCAGGAAUGACCAAUGGAAGUGAUUUUUCCCGUUACGCUAAGAACAAAAGGGAUUAUAUCAUUGGUACGACUUCUUGCUUCCUAGUUGUGGGGACUUUGGUUUGUUUCGUUGGCCUUGUUACUACUGCUGCUUGUCAAAAGAUUUAUGGUGGGAUAUACUGGAAUCGUAAGUAUUGCCUUGUUGAGUAUACAUCUAAUCCUCAUACAAGACUGAUUAUUGUCUUGCAGCUCCCGAUUUACUCAUGUUGAUGAUGGAAUCCGGACAAGGUUCCUCGGCCGCUCGAGCUGGUGUUUUCUUCCUUGCUUUUGGGUUUAUGUUGACAUCCAUGUUUGAAAAUAUAUGCGUAAAGUCCUCCCAUUCCCCUGAAUCUCUUACACAAAUCUAAAAUUGAAGGCAGGGAAAUGCAGUUGCAGGAGGCAUCGACCUUUCAGGUCUCUUUCCUAGAUACAUCGACAUCCGUCGCGGCUCAAUAAUUACCUUCUUCGCAGCAUGGGUAUUAUUUCUUCUCCCUCCUUCGCACAACCAAAACUGACACUCACCAGAUUGUCCAGCCAUGGCAACUAAUCAAUCGAGCCUCAACGUUCAUAACAGUCCUGAGUUCCUUCUCCGUCUUCCUCGCCCCAAUAAUGGGAGUAAUGUGCGCAGACUACUUCUUUAUUCGCCACCAAAGAAUCAAACUAUCCCAUCUAUAUCACCCUCAAGGCUCAGAUUAUUGGUAUACAGCCGGAGUAAAUUGGAGGGUCAUACCUUCUUGGAUCACUGGGUGGGCUCCUACAAUUGGGGGUUUGGUAUUAACUGUUCAGAAGGAUACGACUGGUCCAAGGGUGCUUUGUGAGCUGUAUUUUAUGGCUUUCUUUCUUGGUGAGUAUCGCUUCUUUCAAAGAAAGGGGUCAUGGAAGUGCUAACUUCUGCCUUCAGGGUUAUCAAUUAGUGCGGGUCUGUUUUAUGGGCUUACUACUGCUUUUCCUGUCAAGGCUGCUGGAGAAUUCGAUGACGUGGAUAUCUAUGGAACUUUCACUUCUGAGGAAGCAAUUAGACUUGAUGUUGUACCGCUAGAUGUCGUGGAAGGCAUUGAAGAUGAGAAGAGAAUAUCACCAUUAGUGGAAGAGGUUAGAGCAGGAAGGAAAGAUGCUGUGAAGAAGUGGCUGAAGGGUUGA